CUAAACAUUCCCAAACACCCAAAACAAUUUGCAUAGCUUACUUUGCUUACCUUCAGUUGUUCACUACGGCUACCAUCUCCACUCUACACUCUUUUCCUAAAUAUAUAGCAUCUAACUCUACCCUAAUUUUACUGAAAAAUGAUAUGUGA